AAAAUACAUUUAUUUAAAAAUAUAAACAGCCUAUUUGCUUUUUAUUACACAAAUUAAAUCUAAUUAUUUGUAUCAAAGUAAUUAACGUGUAAAUACCACAUCAGGUGUGCAUUUAGCUGACGAAAUGACAAAACUUCACAACAAUAGAAACACGAAAAGUGGAAAAGUUUUGGCGGCAUACAAUAUUUUUCUUUUGCUUACUUGAACAUAGUAUAGAAUGCCUGAAACAAUUAUAGCCGGUGUGCCGGUACACUUUCCAUUCGAACCAUAUGAAGUUCAAAGGGCAUAUAUGGAGAAGGUGAUUAUAUGCCUGCGUGAUGGAACAAAUGGAGUAUUGGAGUCACCUACUGGAACUGGUAAAACACUAAGUCUGCUGUGCUCAUCGCUGGCCUGGUUGCAAUCCCGCAAGGAGGAAAUGAAAAACCAAAUUCAACGAGUAACCCCUUCACCCCAUGACUUAAAGGAUAAUCCUUUGUUGGCGGAACAUUUGGAAAUGAUUGCUCGUUCGAAAGGCAAAGGUGGUAACUGGGGCCUUCCAAAGAUUAUAUACGCCUCACGUACACAUUCACAGCUAACGCAGGCCAUGCAAGAAUUAAAAAGAACCUCUUAUUCUUAUAUGCGGGCAGUGGUUCUGGGAUCUAGAGACCAAUUAUGCAUACAUCCAGAAGUGAUGAGAGAACUAGGAAAUGCAAACAAAACUCAAAUGUGCAAGCUGCGUGUGCAAACACGAACGUGUUCCUUUCACCAUCGCGUUGAAUCCCGAAAGGAUGACCCAGAAUUUCGUGGUCCCACCGUCAUGGAUAUUGAGGAUCUGGUAAAAGUAGGCCAGAAACUUAAAAUGUGUCCCUACUUUGCUGCAAAGGAACUAGUUGAUGAUGCGGAUAUUGUAUUUAUGCCCUAUAAUUAUUUGUUAGAUCCUACGGCUCGUAAGGCAAACAAGAUUGAAUUGAAUAAUGCCAUUUGCAUUCUGGAUGAAGCUCAUAAUAUUGAAAAGAUUUGUGAGGAAUCUGCUUCUGUGCAAAUAAAAUCAUCUGAUGUGGCAAUGGCCAUUGAAGAUACAACUCACGUCAUGAAGGCUAUGAGCGGCGGGGAUAUGCUCGAUUCAGCAGGAGACGAACCAAAAGAUUUUACAAUAGAUGAUUUGGCGUUGCUUAAGGAAAUGUUGCUGGAACUUGAAAAGGCUUUUGAUGAUAUACUGGUUGAGAAUAAGCAGGAGGGUGCUACCUUUCCUGCAUCAUACAUAUUUGAUUUGCUAGGAAAAGCGAAUAUCUCCUAUGGUUCUUCAAAGGCGAUUGUAGCGCUUUUGGAUAAAUUAAUUCAGUUUAUGGCUGUUGAAUCACAGAAUAGUAUGGCCCGAAAAGGAGGUUCUUAUCAAAAAUUAAGCGACCUAUUCACAGUCGUGUUCAUAAACAAGGAAGAUAGUUUACAAAAGGUAUAUCGCAGCUUUAAGGUACAUGUGCAAAUUGAAGAAGUAAAACAACACAACAGCAGGGGUGCUAAUCAGUCUGGUUGGCUAUCGAAGGGAAAUGCCAGCAGUUCAUCCAAGGCAGGGAAAAUAAUAAAUUACUGGUGCUUUAAUCCGGGAUUUGGAAUGGAGCAAUUGCUGAAUACCAAUGUGCGUAGUGUUAUUUUAACAAGUGGAACCUUGGCCCCAUUGAAACCCCUGAUUGCCGAGUUGGCCAUUCCGGUAGCACAGCGUCUUGAAAAUCCGCAUAUUGUAUCUUCUUCACAGGUAUAUGUGAAAAUCAUAGGCUCUGGACCCGACCGAGAGCAGCUUAUAUCGAACUAUCAAAAUAGAGAUAAUCCAAAGUAUAUAAGCUCUUUGGGAUCGACCAUUUUAAAUGUUUCCCGAUUAGUUCCCGAUGGUUUGCUGGUAUUCUUUCCCUCCUAUCCCAUGCUUAAUCAAUGCGUCAACUCAUGGCAAGCUUCUGGUUUAUGGUCGGAUAUUUCACGGCAUAAACCUAUUUACGUUGAACCAAGAAGUAAAGAUGAUUUUACCAACACUAUGGAACAGUUCUAUCAAAGUAUAAAGGAUUCAAAAGGAGCUUGUUUUAUGGCUGUUUGUCGUGGCAAAGUCUCAGAAGGUUUGGAUUUUGCGGAUCGUAAUGGUCGCGCUGUUAUUAUAACUGGAUUACCAUUCCCCCCCUUAAAAGAUCCAAAAGUUAUAUUGAAAAAGAAAUAUUUGGAGGAUAACCGUACAAAAGAAAAUGAGCUUUUAUCUGGCCAAGCCUGGUAUUCUUUAGAUGCCACCAGGGCUGUCAAUCAGGCAAUUGGUCGUGUAAUACGUCACCGCAAUGACUAUGGUGCUAUAUUGUUGUGCGAUGUGCGUUUUCAACAGUCAUCGCAAAUACAACAACUAUCCAAAUGGAUAAGAGAUAUUUUGGGAAAUCAACCGAAAAAUACAGCAUUUGGUCCAGUGGUUAAGGAGUUGAGGGAUUUCUUUAGAAACGCAGACAAAACGAUGCCGAAACCAAAAGAGCGCUGCAUUGAAACUCUAGUACAAGACAGUUGUGAAAUUGUGGAAGAGCCCGUACGCAGUAAACUAUUCGCCGACCCCAAAGAAGUGCUGGCAGCUAAAAAUAAAUUUCAAAAUGCCCAUACUCAAGCCAUCAAAAUUGAAAAGACUAACUCAAUAGUCUCUUGGUCUCCAAACGAUUAUGCAGCGGCUGCUGGUCGGUCAAAUAGUGGCAAAUUACCCAGUGCUAUGGAUUUUAUGAGUCGCCUGGACUCUGAUGUAUCAGCAAUAGACUUUAAUUCUUCAUCUAGCAGCAGUAGUGGAGGCUUGGUUAAAAUUCACAAGCGUGAAAGAAGUCCAACUUCAAGUCAAAUGUCCUCCUCAUCCAGCAGCGCGUUUCAGAAUGAUCUUAGCAAAAAGAAAAAAUAUAAGCUAAUUGAUAAUACCUCAAGCUUGGUGUCAUCGCAACUUUCGGCUUCUACCACUUCCAAAAUAAAUGCUUUUUCCUUUGGUCAUAAAGCUCAACUAACAACAUGUGAUGAAGAUAAUAAGAAGGCUCCCGAAGAUAGAAUGGAACUUUUAAAAGUGCUACGUGGUUUGUUGCCGCCUUCGGAUUUUAGUGCAUUCACUGCCGGACUGGUUGCAUACAAACGUGAUGAUAACAUAGAAGCUUUGUUAAAUAUAUUAUUUCGAUUAUUGGCUAAACCCAGCUCAAUGUAUCUGUUGAGGGGCAUGAAACGUUUUCUGAAAACUGAACACCGUUCAAAAUUUGAUGAACGUCUUGCAUUCCAUUCAUAGCAGCAUCGUUAAUUUUCUCAACUUUGUGUUUUUUGUUUUUGUUUUUAUAACUUGUAUGUGUUUGUUAAUAUAGAAUCCAUCAUCCGCCAGCUCAAUGAACUUUCAAUGUUAUUUUAUAAGCUUCUAAUCUUAAGAUUUAGGUAAACGACAUAUCCUUACAGAUAAUGUAAAAUAAAAGCGAAAAAAUAGUAAAAACAA